AACUGAAGACAUUGUUGACAGGAUAUGACUCAAUGGUUCCCAUUCCCGAUGCCUUUGUCUUUGUGGGAGACUUUAUGUCCAAACCAUGCGAUGAAGUCUCAGAUUUGAAAGCUCACAUGAAAAGUUUGGUUAAAUUAAUUUCCAAAUUUAAUAAAAUCUCAAACUAUUCUCAAUUUAUAUUUAUUCCCGGAUUUAAUGACAUAAAAGGCACUGAUAUUCCGAAGUGUGCCUUUACUGUUGAUAUGUUUCCGAUGACAACAAAACUAAUAAGUAAUUUCCAUUUGGCCACAAAUCCGGUCAAUAUAUACAUAGACGGCCGACACCUAUGUUUGUCUGCCUUUCCCUAUAUACCGAAACUUCGCAAACAUAUGAUACACAACAGCACUGAAGAAUCGGCUGAAUUGGGCGCUUCUGUACUCAAACUAAUGGCAUCGAACGGACACCUGAGCGCCGGGUUGUCCACCAAUUUGCACAGUUGUCUCUCUCUAUUUCAUUUGCCAGACUUUGUGCUCAUUGCAGACAAACACAUGAAUGAAGACAUGGACUCCAAUGCUUACGAUUAUAUAGAUCUUGCAGUUUUGCCAUCUUUUUCGAGGGAUAACUUCAGAUUUAAAGUGAUUUAUACGAAUCCUAAACAUAUAGAGUGCAGUCAAAUACUUGUCUGAAACCCUGGAAACUCCUAUCCCUUAACACACACUCUCUCUCUCCUCUCCUCACAUAACCUAAAGUGGAGUCCAGUUUUUGUACAUCUGUUGGCAAAUACAGAGCAGUAGUCCAUGUAUUCAUGCAUUCAUUGUUUAUUCAAUUUUCAAAUAUUUGUAUUUUAAACAAAAUAUGAACAGUUUAUCCAUAUUUAAUAAAAAUUGUGUAAAAAUACGAUUAAAUCAUUUGAGAUAUUAUUCGAAGAGACGGCCAGAACUUCCAAAAUGUGAUUUCAAUGCAAACAACUCUAAAUCACGAUUAGGUAACUUCGAGAUCGAAACCAUCCAUAAACUCAAUUUGAAUCCAUGUCUUAAACCCUGGUAUCAAAAGCCUGUUCUCAUUACCCAGGGAUAUAUGCAAUAUGUCUGGGAUAAUGAAAACAAGAGAUAUUUAGACAUGUUCGGAGGAGUAGCGACGACAAGUGUGGGUCACUGUCACCCAAAGCUGGUCGAGGCCACAACCAAACAGCUCAAGAAGUUAUGGCACACGAGUAGUAUUUACUACAACGAGGAGAUCCAUGAAUAUGCGUCCAAUUUAGCGAAUAGACUGCCGGAACCAUUGAAUAACAUAUUUUUCUGCAAUUCUGGUUCCGAAGCCAAUGACAUCGCUAUACUUAUGGCGAGGCUUUACACCAAAUCUUAUGACAUAAUAGCUUUACGUAAUGCAUAUCACGGCGACUCUACCAGUACUCAACCCUUGUGUGGGGUUCAAAGUUGGAGGUUCCCCCUCCCCUUACACUUUGGUAUUCAUCACACCACUAACCCCGAUCCUUAUUCUGGACGCUUUGGGGGCAGUAAUUGUAGGGACUCUAUCAUCCAGACUACCCGCCAGUGUGACUGUGAGCCGGGUCACUGCAAAGCAGAGGAUAUGUAUGUCGAAGAUUUGGAGCAACUGUUUGACUCGACUCUACCCAAAAAUGUUUGCGCUUUCAUUGCGGAGUCCAUUCAAGGGGUCGGAGGAGUGGUUCAGUUCCCCAAAAACUUCCUGAAAAGAGCUUUUGAAAUGGUUCGGCAAAGGAAUGGUGUCUGUAUUGUAGAUGAGGUCCAAACGGGUUUUGGACGCACUGGGACUCACUUUUGGGGGUUUGAGGGACAUGGAGUUAUUCCAGAUAUUGUAACAAUGGCUAAAAGUAUAGGCAAUGGGUUUCCAUUGGCCGCUGUGGCCACCACUGCCUCCAUCGCCAAAACACUGACCGAAGCCUCUUAUUUCAAUACAUUUGGAGGAAAUCCUUUAGCGUCUUGUGUUGGACUCAAUGUUCUCAAAAUCAUAGACGAAGAGAAUCUCCAGAAUAACUGCCAUAUUAUUGGUUCCAAAUUAUUGACAGAAUUGGAAAAUCUUCGCAACAAAUAUCCUGAUAUUAUUGGAGACGUUAGAGGGAAAGGCCUUAUGAUUGGAGUGGAGCUGACAAGUAGUGCCGUUAGUAUACAACACAAGAAUAUUAAAGAGAGAAAACCAAUGAUUAAAGCAGACUUUGACUCAAUUUUGGAGGACUGCAGAGACAUGGGUUUACUCAUUGGAAGGGGAGGGCCGAAAGGCAAUGUUUUUCGAGUGAAGCCUCCGAUGUGUAUCAAUGAAGAGGACAUAACCUUCACUAUCGAUGUGUUGGCAAAAGCUUUUGAUUUACAUAACGAACGGUCGGCUAAAAGAAGAAAUAAAUAUCUUUAA